UUCAUUUGAAUAAUUUUCGGAUUUGUCCUUUGGGAUAAAAAUUAAAUAUCUAAAAGUUCGUGGUCUUUCAAUCAGUCUGAGAUGAUUGUCUCAAGAUUGAUUCGACCUACACAAAGGCUGUUUGGCUAUGCAACAAAAAGGAAUGGAAACCAGUCCCGUAAAGCCAGCGGUGAAAUAAUUCAUGACGCUAAAAUAAACGAUGUUGAUUGUUUACCUGGAACUAGCACGUUUGGUUACAGAGGGCGUAAAUACUUAGAUAGAGACUGGAGUAUGAGAUCUACAGAAGGUCUAAUGAUGUUUGGCAUGUGGUUGUGGAUAUUUUAUAAAUGUAUAACAGAUUACGGUCAUUUAAUGCCUCAUUUUAAAAUUCCCGAUCCUAACCAAUGGACAGAUGAAGAGCUUGGAAUACCACCAGAUGAUGUAGAGUGAUAUUGACACAAUAAUUCAUGUAUAAUUGAUAAACUGCAUAUAAACUUUAGACAGUGGAUGAAUGUUUUGUUGAGAUAUAAAAUUUUAAAUGGA